AUGACGACAGCGUGCCUGCUAAGCCGCCCGGACGCAUACCGCCGUCUUGUAGAUGAGAUUGACGCCGCAAGUUCCGAGGGCGCACUCUCGACUCCCGCGACCUUCGAAGAGUGCCGCACGCUUCCAUACUUGCAGGCCGUUCUCAACGAGGCCAUGCGUCUGUAUCCGCCUCUGACCGCUCUGGCGUACAAGGAGGUGCCCGCGGGCGGCCGCACAGUCGCAGGAUAUUUCCUGCCUGCCGGAACACAGGUCGGCCAGAACAUAUACGGCAUACUCCGCGACAAGGCAUACUGGGGCGCGGAUGCCAACAUGUUUCUUCCUGAGAGGUGGCUGAAUGCCAGCAGCUCACGCGCCAGGGACAUGGCCGCCAUGCUGGACCUGACCUUUGGCCAUGGCAAAUUCAAGUGUCUUGGGCGCCAGCUGGCGCUAAACGAGGUGAACAAGUUCAUUGUUGAAGUAAGUGCUCGUUGGCUCACUUGA